GUGGCAGCUAAGGUAGUUUCCGUUGCCGGGAGAGACAUAGACACUACGCCGAUCAGAAGACCAAGAUCAGAAGACACAACGCCUGUCACCAACAACACAACCAACACCAACGUGAUCGCACCUGAUGCUCAACGGUCUACAACACCAGCAACCCCAUCAUUAACAUCACCAACCAUCACCCCAGGCAGAAACACUUCAGCAGCACCAUCCCCACCAGUAUUUGCAGGCCAUCCAUGCACGCCGCAAGACACCACCGACAACACGGGCUUCUUUAGAACCAUAACAACCCAGCUAAAAGGCCUUCAAACGACGGUAAACACCAUCAGCCAGGAUUUGCGCCUUGCAAACACCAAACUUGACGCUGCCAAUCGGCGAAUUCUACGACUAGAGACAAUUGCCAAGGGCCUCAGCGUAGCCAGACCCGAACAACCAGCUGCUCCAGAGAUUGCCAGUGAAGAAACGGAAAACCUUCAAAGCCGGAUUCCGGAAGACCUUCGGAUUGCGGACAAUAUCCUGGCCAGUCUUCACCAAGAAGCCAACAACCCUGGCCAUUUUGCUUGCCUUCUGUUGAAGAAAUUGUUUGAGGAAUUGUUCGCGACGGGAUCCAAGGUAAACUUCAACUGGUAUGGUGGAGGAUCCAAGGGGAAAAGGGAUUUGGACAUCAGAAAGAAGAAGGUAAUCCAGACUUACGUCGAGCAUUAUCACCCGGAAGUAAAGGAUCCAGCGGUCUGGAGGGAUCGGGUUGUUGCAAGGAUCAAUGAGUGCCUCCGACGCCCAAAGAAACCGAGCAAAGUAAAUAACCUGGCUACGGACGAUUGUGUGCCUACUCAAGAAGAUGCAGUCCAGCGACCACAACAAUCCGGAGUCGAUGUUCAGGAAGACCAACCCAGACAACUAGUUCUCGAACCCCUCGCAGAAAUUCAAGAUGAGCAACAGAGACCACACGGACCCCUCACUGCUCUUCUAUACGCAGACAUUUAG